GUUUUCAUUUCUUCUCGCUUUCGUCGAGCCCUAGCCGCAGGAGAGGAGCAGAAGGAGGGGGAGAGAUGCCAGCCGGCCAUGGGGUCCGAUCGAGGACGAGGGAUCUCUUCUCGCGGCCGUUCAGGAAGAAGGGUUAUAUCCCACUGACGACGUACCUCCGGACCUACAAGAUCGGCGACUACGUCGACAUCAAGGUGAACGGCGCCGUCCACAAGGGGAUGCCCCACAAGUUCUACCACGGCCGCACUGGUCGCGUCUGGAACGUCACCAAGCGCGCCAUCGGCGUCGAGAUCAACAAACAGGUUGGAAACCGAAUCAUUAGGAAGAGAAUCCAUGUGCGUGUGGAGCAUGUGCAGCCUUCCAGGUGCACAGAAGACCUCCGGCUGAGGAAGAAAAAGAAUGACCAACUGAAGGCAGAGGCAAAGGCACGUGGUGAGAUUAUCAGCACAAAGCGGCAGCCGGAGGGCCCCAAGCCUGGUUUCAUGGUUGAAGGAGCCACGUUGGAGACCGUCACUCCAAUUCCCUAUGAUGUGGUCAAUGAUCUCAAGGGUGGUUAUUAAGCUGUUAUUUCAUCUCGAAUUUUUGCCUCUGUUUGCUUCUUAAAUUUGAUUAAGCUUUUAGAUACUUGUCGCAUGCUGCUUUGUUUUGAUCAUUUUGAUGCUCGUUGUUUUGGUUAACGAGUUACAGGUGAGCUGCAAAAUUGCCACUCCA